AUGGCAAACAAUCAAGCCCAGUACUUUCCUCGUAAGCCAUCAUCCGUACAACAGACAGANAUGGGUAUCGCUAAUGAACAAUCCCUAGCUCCUCCUCAAGAGCAGCAGAGCUAUUUUGCUCCUCCGACCUCACAUACACCUCCAACAAAUACACAGCACUAUCCACCUCCGCCAGCUGCCGAUCAACAUGACGGCGUAAGGAGCUCCUCCUAUUCAGCAGCUCCCCAACCGCAGCCAUUACCACAACAGCACUUCGCCCCUCCACCAGAGACCAAUCGUUUCUCGUACAACGCUGCUCCACAACCUAUUCAGACACAAUUCGUCUCUCCUCCGGCAUCGCCACCUCCACCUGCUGCCAACGUAGGCACACAUGAAUANCGAGCCAAGCCCUGUCUCACCACAGCAACAACCCCUACCUUACUACCCCGGCCCUCCUCAGAACACCCAGCCCAGCAUGGAGAGAGCAAANNGGAGCCUGCUAGACCUUCACUUAAUACUUCGCUGACGAGCAAUCUGGCUGGCGGUGCACCACCUCAGACACACUUUGUCGGAGCAGGCGCAACUGUCGACGACGUGGGUACCUUCAAUGGAGGAAGCUACAGAAUCAGCCACAGAGAUACGAAUACUAUUCUCACACUCCAGCUUGCUAUGGGCUGUCCUUUGACCGUCAAACCAGGAGCCAUGAUCGCCAUGUCCCCGACCAUGACCUUGCAAGGUGCGAUUAAGUUCUCCUUCAAGAAGUUGGUUGCCGGUGGUCAGAUGGCUACAUCAACCUACACUGGUCCUGGCGAACUCUUGCUCGCACCGGCUUCUCUCGGUGACAUCACCAACAUCCGACUCACCGGAGAAGAGACGUGGAACGUAGGCAAAGAUGCUUUCCUGGCUUGUACUCAGGGUGUCGUCAAGGAUUAUAAGGCUCAAGGACUCAGCAAAGCCAUGUUCUCUGGUGAAGGCUUCUUCGUCUACAAAGUCUCUGGCAUAGGCAUCCUAUGGAUCAGCAGCUUGGGUGCCAUCAUCCGAAAAGAUCUUCAACCAGGCGAAAAGUACAUCAUCGACAAUGGCCAUCUGGUUGCAUGGAACGCCAAGUACGUCCUAGAGCGUAUUGCGAGUGGUGGGAUAAUCUCCAAUUUGAGCGCCAGCGAAGGCUUGGUGUGCAAGUUCACGGGCCCUGGUACUAUCUUCAUGCAGACUCGUAACCCUGUGGAGUUUGCGACCUGGUUGUCGACCGAGGGUAGGGUCAAAGGAUAG